AUGUCUACAGUCAUUCUUGUCACUGGAGGAACAGGUCUUGUUGGCAAAGCCAUAGAAUAUGUCAUCGAAAACGAACCAGCUGGAUCUCGUUUCGGUAAACGACCCAACGAGAAAUGGAUUUUUGCCAGCUCAUCCGAGGCAGAUCUGAGAGAUCCUGCUCAGACGCGUAAAUUAUACGAGAAAUACCAGCCUACUCAUGUCAUUCACUUGGCUGCACUUGUCGGUGGUCUCUUCAAGAAUAUGAAAUACAAAUUGACUUUCCUUCGGGAAAAUAUCCUCAUUAAUGAUAACGUCCUGCACGCCUCGUACGAGCACAAGACUCAGAAGCUCGUCUCUUGUCUAUCUACUUGUGUUUUUCCUGACAAGGUCGAGUACCCUCUGACCGAGCUCAACAUACAUAAUGGCCCACCGCACGAGAGUAACUUUGGUUACGCCCACGCUAAACGGAUGGUUGAUGUUCAGAACCACGCUUACAAGGAGGAGUUUGGCUGUAAUUUUACCUCGGCAAUUCCAACGAACGUGUUUGGGCCUCAUGACAACUACGAUCUCGAAGAUUCACACGUCAUUCCUGGACUUAUCCACAAAUGCUACCUUGCCAAGAAGAACAAAACUCCCUUUGUCGUGUCUGGAACCGGCAAACCUCUUCGUCAAUUCAUAUACUCUCGCGACUUGGCCAAAUUGUUCAUUUGGCAACUUCGUGAAUACGACGACGUCGAGCCUGUGAUUCUCUCAGGCAGGUUCGGCGAAGAUGAGGAAGUUAGCAUCAAAGAAGUGGCGGACGCCAUUGUAAAAGCUGUCGGAUUCCAGGGCUCGUAUACCUUCGAUACCAGUCGUGCCGAUGGCCAAUACCGAAAACCUGCAUCCAAUAAGAAACUGUUAUCGCUCAUUGGGGACUUCAAGUUUACACCGUUCGAAGAGGCGUUGAAUGAAUCAGUCAAGUGGUUUUUGGAAAAUUACAAUAAUGCUAGGAUCGGGAACGUUCCUUCCGCUUAA